AUUACGCGCAUGCGUAACAGCCACACACGUUGUUUUGGAAGUUGUUAACGCAAAAAACGUAGCUACAUAUUUCUGUGUUUUAAUAGCUUUACCAACUCUUUGCGUGUUUUAUCGUUGCUUCGCAUGUGUUUCCUAUUUUGGAGUAUCAUUACCUGUUAUUAGCUGUUGCUAAAACUAGUUGACAGGGAAGCUGAAGUUUAAAGAAAGCUAACUAGCCUGAUAGCUUAGCCCUGUGCAGCGACAGCAUGGCAGCUGUACUGGGGCUGAUAGCUGGGAGCUACGAGCAGGUCACCUUUGGGUACAGAGUGAACACUGAUGAACCAGAGUGGACAGCGAAGGCAGAGUUCACUCAUCACGCCCACACAGGGUCUAUAUCAGCAGCAGCAGCCAGCGAGAGGUUUGUGGUCACAGGAAGCAAAGAUGAGACCAUCCAGCUGUACGACAUGAAGAAGAAGAUCGAACACGGAGCUCUGCUGCAUCACGAUGGCACCAUCUCUUGCCUGGAGUUUUACGGGACGUCUCAUUUACUGAGCGGAGGAGAGGACGGACUCAUCUGUGUUUGGGGCACGAAGAAGUGGGAUUGUCUGAAAUCCAUCAAAGCUCACCAAGGUCAGGUCACGUCGCUGUCCGUCCAUCCAUCUGGAAAAAUUGCACUUUCAGUCGGGACAGAUAAAACUCUCAGAACAUGGAAUCUAACAAACGGAAGAUCGGCCUUCAUCAAAAACAUAAAACGGAAUGCACACAUAGUCCGAUGGUCUCCUGAUGGGGAUAAAUAUGUGGUCGUGGUGAACGACGAGGUGAACAUCUACGACCUGGAGACCGCCUCUGUGACGGCAACCAUGAAAAACCCCAAGAGGAUUUCAUCUGUGAAGUUCUUAAAUAACUCCAUUCUUGCGGUUGCAGGAGACGAUGAAAAAGUGAGGUUUUGUGACCUGGGAAGAGAGAAAUGGUUGUGUGAGUUUAAGGCUCAUGAAAACAGAGUGAAGGCGGUCGACAGCUUUGUGAUGGAGGAUCACUGCGUACUGGUGACGGCUUCAAAUGACGGAUUCAUCAAAAUGUGGAAACUUUAUCUAAAAGAGGAGCUGGAGUCUCCCACUCUGCUCAUGGAAGUGAACACAACGGCCCGCCUGACGUGCCUCGCUGUGUGGAAACCUUCGUCUGUGCAGCCGCCCGCUGAGGAACCAGCCGCUCCGACCACGACACCUCAAGAACUGAUUCAGGAGCUUUCAAAGACGAAGAGAGUCCGAAUUGCAGCAGAAGAAGUUAUUCUAGAAGACGAGAGCAAACCCAAGAAGAAGAAAAAGGGCGGUGGAAAAAAACUUACAGAAUAAUUAAACCUGUUUUGUUAUUCAUGGCUGUUUUAUAUAUUUUUGUCACAUAUGCAAGUGCUCUUUGCUGUUGCUACAGGUUUUGUGAACAGAUUUUGUGAAUAUAUAUAUUCCUUUCCUGUCAACAAUGAAAAUAGGAACAAUACGAGGGAAAAUUAGAUCAACAAUAAAACAUGUUUUAUAAUCCUCA